UCGGUCCAAUUCAUGUCGCUGUAUGACUGCAGUCCCUGUUUGUAGCAUUGGACUACGUACCUACUAGGUUUCAAAACUGACCAUUUUAACAUAUUUAUUCUGCAGUUCGGACGCAAUAGCUUGCAAGGUGCAUAAACAUUAGUAAGAAAACAUGUCUGGCUAAUAUGCCGAAAUGAGAUGUGGUUUUCCUUGUUUUUUUUUUUGUUUGUUUGUUUUCUCUGUUGUGGGGCCGUAUUGCGGUUGUAAUAAUAUGGAGGAGUUGAAAACUGCAGUCUCUUACAACAAUGUCGGUUGUUUCUGUGGAGGUGCGGCGGCUGUUGCCAUGGCAGCACAUAGUUAGCAAACUCUUUAGGCAAGCAGUCCACGAUAAAAUGGACUAGAUAUUGAGAAGCAAACGUUUUGGAAAAUGCAGAAAAUAAUUACCGCAGUUGUCAAUGAUGAAUAGUAUUUGCGGGAGUGGAGCAUAAGUAAAUCCGAAUCGAAUGUUCUAAUAAAAAAAAAAAAAAAAAAAAGGUCUGUUUGGUAUUUCUCCAGCCACAGAGCCAUGUUACAGUCCCAGCCUGGUACUGUUGCUAGGAUAAAACAAAGUAGCUCUGUUGUGUUGUGACGGUUGUGCUUUAAAAUGUAUAAACUAUUCAAUGUAGUUCUGGUAAAUGGUGUAUAAUCCUCUUUCAAACACUAUGGGGACUUUUGAAACGGCAGUGGCUGUUUCUUAUGAAGACGAUGACGAAGAUUAUGAAUUUGAACCUCUACCUACGUUGUUAGAAGAUGAGAUCUUUGCGGUUACAGUACAAGGCCUGAAGUAUCUGGUUUUCCAAUUUAGCUUGGUAUAAAGAAAAAACAGAACAGAACAGUCCAGUGUUCCUCUGAUGUCUUCUGGAGGGUUGGCGAUCCCACCAGCCAUCUCAUUGCACAUUUACAACAGUAAUCAAUUCAUAAACAUGCAGCAUAAACAGGACAUGAUAGAGUGAUUACCAGCCCUGGAUAGCAUUGUUUUCUGAGGUCAACUCAUAAUUGCUGUCUGUGUUGCAGUGUCUAGUUCACAUUACAGUUCUAAUAAAGAUGGAGAAUGUGUCCCUUGCGGAUAUCCUGUCACUGCGGGAUAGAUGCCUAUUGGAGCAGGAUAUCUGGGCUGUCUGCCUGGAGUGUGCCCACUCCUUGAAGAGUAUCUCCCACUCACCGCUUUUCCACACACUCUGCAUUACCCCCGAUACUUUGGCCUUUAAUGCAAAUGGAAACGUGUGCUUCAUGGAACAGCUCAGUGAUGAUCCAGAGGGUGCUUUUGUGCCUCCUGAGUUUGACAGAACAGGAAACACCUUUGAGGCACACAUCUAUUCUCUGGGUUCAACCUUAACAGCAGCUAUUGAAUAUGUCAUAGAGCCUGAACUGGAGCCUGAGCUGAGUCAAGAGCUGAAGAUGAUUUUGGAACAGAUGCAGCUAGAGAAACCUGAAGAUAGACCAGAUAUUGAGACUGUUAUUAGGCUUGGUGAAGGAAAUACGAAGUGUGCCUCAGCAGCUAUUUGUCGUAAACUUUCUGCCAUAGGACGAAGAGUGUUAUCAAUUGAAUCAGUUGCUGCUUUUCAAGAUGGUUGUGAAAGUCCAUGGAUGAUAAAAGAGCGUCAGGCAGGUGUGGGACGUGAACUGCAAGAUUAUGAACGUAAUCCAGCAGAUGGAUCUUCUAGCACUGAGGAUCUGGUAUUUGACCCUAAUUUAUUGAAGAAUCAGAUUGCAAAAGCGGCUGAAAGAGAGGGAAAAUGUAUGCGAGAUGUAGUGGUGUCUUUGAAAAAUGACUGUACAGUGCAGAACUCCGUUGAAGAGAGAAGAGAAAAUGAGAAGCAGUCUCUAUCUAAUGAGAAUCAAGAUACUUUGGAUCUUCAAUCGGAGCUUGAUACCACAUCCAUAGAGCCAAAGAAAAUGUCACCAGCCAUGAACCUAAAAUUAGCAAAACUAUCAAAGAAAAAAGACUGUCCUCAAGUUGAAUCAAGUACACUUUCAGACUUUAACAAAGGCGUAAUCUCUUUGCAAGAUACCAGUAGUUUAAAUCCAAUCAACCAGACAGAAUCUGUGAGGAUAGCGACUAUACUGAAUCAUUCUAAUUCCUAUCAGAGUACUCUUCCUUUUCUUCCAUUUAAAGCCAGCAGAACUGUGUCUGUAAUAGACCUUUCUGAAAUAUUGCCAGAAGAAAAAAAAUUUCCUAGUCCUGAAAUAUUAACAGAUGACAGCAGCACAAGUUAUACAAACCUCUCUAAGCCUUUGCUUCCCCAAGAAGAGAUGCACUUUGAAACAACUGAAUCCUCAGGAUAUUUGCCAAUGGAUAACAAAACCACCUCUUCUCCCGUUGAGGUGGAAGACUUUACAUCACCUGUUCACUGCAUCCAAAGCCCCAUUGAACCAAACAAAAAUGCCGUAUCUAGCCCAGACACCAAACCUGUAUUUGGAAACAGUAACUUGAAUCAUAAACAUGCCCAAAUCAAGUCUUCUACUGUAAAUGAAAGUUGGAUAAAUAACAACAUAUACCAAACUGAAGACAACCACAUGAAGAAAAGUAUGCUUUGUCUUAAUGAAGAAACUCAGGAUGAAUGGGUAUUGCUAAAGGACCUUCUCUCUCGUUGUGGUAGACCAUUGUCAGUUAAUGAACUAUGGGCUCUGUGUCACAUAUGCCUUUACACUCUCCAGACCUACAUAGAUUUUCCAGCCUAUUUAUGCCUGGAUUCAGUUUAUGUUGGUUGUGAUGGCGAACUACUGUUUUUAACUCCAAAAAACACAGCUACCUGUGAUUCAUUUUAUUUGGCACCAGAAUUUCAAGAACAUGGCAUCGUUACUGAGAAGGUUUGUGUUUAUGGUGUGGCAGCUAUUCUCUGGGCGGCAGCAAAGUUUAACUUUUCACCAAAUCAAAAGUUAGCAUUGCCAAGAAAGUUAAAGAGGCUGCUGCUUGAGAUGGCAAAAAGAACUCCCAUUGAGAGACCAUCUAUUGCUGCGGCACGAAAGACCUGCAGCGAUUAUCUGUUUCAUCAAGGGACCAAUGCCAAGAAGGUUUGGGCGGAGCUGAUCAGCAGUAUUCACCAGACAGUCAAAGGGGACCAUGUAGUAAAACCUCAAGAAGCUGCUGAUGUUAGGCAUACUCCAAGUCAACAUGAAUCUUCAUGUUUCAAGACAGGAUUUGUGCCGAUUGCUGGUGAGAACAAGCUGACUGCUAUAAAGGGUCCAGUUCCUUGUCUGUAUUCUGUAAAUAGCUCUUCCAAUCUGCCUGAUGCCUUCAUGUCUUCAGCAACCCACUUCAGACCUAUAAUCCUCACACAGAAUACAGAGACAGCAGGUACCAAAAAUGAAUAUAAAAGUUCUAGUGCCAAACAACAAGUGAAAGCCAUAAAAAAAGAAAUUCUGGAAAAGAAAGGACUAGUACUUGUGAGUGACAUUGAAAAUGAUGUUAAUGAGAACGUGAUCAAUGAAAGACAGGAGAACUCCCAAAACAGCACUUUAAGACAACACUGUUCCCCAUCUUCGAAGGAAAACACUUUGGUCAAUUCUGAAUCUUUUCCAGUUCUCCUAAACUGUGCUGGGUGCACGGAUGCUGAAAAAAAGAGUGUUCCAACUGCAACUAGUAGUUCAAGCUCUUCAGCUGCUUCAGUAUUACCUAGUAGCCCCAUUGUUAAUAAUUUUUUCCUUAGACAGGAUCCAAAAACUGGACUAAUAACUUUAUUACCUGUCCAAGUAGCCAUACCAGAGCAGUCCCCAGGCUUGGAAUUUAGCACAGAACCUGGGUCAAGUUCACACCAAAAGCGGUCUUCCCUCCUCGGAGAAAGCAAGGACGUAGACAUGGUCGUGAUGUCUGCCAACCCAAAGAGCAAUCUUUGUGAGACCUCUGAUGGCAGUGGUCAUUCAAUUACCCCGGUGAAUCACUACCAUACUCUCAAAGAAAACGCAGCUGAUGUUGAAAGGGCUACGACUUCCCCACCCAUCUCUUCUGUAACUCAGGACAUUCUAAGAAUACUCUCAAAAGGUCACACUGGCAAAAGUGAAGCUAGGCCAGUCGAAAUUGUGGAUUAUUUUGUAGAUUCUUGUGGAGAUCUAACCGUGACACAUGGUUCAAGUUUAUCUUUAUACCAAAGGCGCUCAUCCCUGCAGAAAGUUAUAUGUCUUAUUAAAGAGGAAUUUGCAUUUGAUGGCUACCUGGAAAAUGGAGUUGAAGAUCUUGCAAUGGGAGAGUACAUCCUCUCUCUAAAGGAACUUCAGUUUGGCACAUUUUGCAAUGCAGUAUCUGAGAAAUUCUGUGACCUGUACUGGGAUGAAAGAUUACUAGAGACACUGUACAAAGUCGUCAAUGGAAAGCAUCCUCAAACAUCUCGGAUCUAUUCCAAAUCUGUUUUAAGCUUUGACAGUUCUGCCCCUGUGAGCAGAAAGCAAAGAAAGUCACAAGAUAUUUGUGAGAAGAGUCCCAUUAAUCUGCAGAGAAAUGUACCUCUGAACCAGAGACAGCUUCCUGGACACUUGCCGUCCCUACCAGCAACGGGAACCUUAUAUUUACCAGAUGAAAGGUGCACUGAGGAAGGAACAGAGACCGCUGACAGUGUCAGUCCAGAUUUGAGUGAUAAUGCUUGUAAUAGCCAACCCAGACUUGAGCUGAAAACCAAGAUAGGAAACCAAGUCAGCCCCCUUGUUACAAGGCAGUCUGCAACAGAGCCAGACAAGGAAUCCCUCCCUGAUACAGAGGUAGAACUACCCUGGAAAGAUACAUUUGAUGAGAUGGACUUGAAAGAUCUUCAUCCAGAUAGAAAUGAUGACUAUCCUAAAAAUCCUGAGCCUUCACCUCUGUCUGGAAAAGAGGAAUAUGUUUCUAGCAGGGCUUGUACUUUAGGGGAAAAGGAUCAACUGAGUCUAGAUUAUACAGAAGAGAUUGAAGAUACUGAUACUGUGAGCUCAGGAAGAAUGCCUGAAAAUAGCCGUUCUUCAUCUCCCUGUCAAACAAAUGUUCGAAAGUGCAAUCCAGGCUGGACUAGUGUGUUUUACGGGGCUGAUUGCUUUGGGGAAGAGGUUCUGAAUUAUGUGAAGAAGCUUGGCAGGAGAAAUGAGGCACAGUGCAUGGAUGUUAAAAUGUUGGAGCUUCAGCAGCAGCUGAUGAUAGAGACAAAGAAUCUGAACAAGACCAGAACAUUCUACCAAAAACUCUUGCAGCAAGAGAGACGAAACAAAGGUUCUGAAGCCAAAAUCAUGUUACCGAAACUGAAAGGCCAAUUGGAAGAAAUGAGAGCCAAAGUAGAAUUUCUGGAAUUAAUUAAAAGAUACCUGGAGAUUUUGUGUAUGGAGCAGUGGGGUCUGGAUACCUCCCUCCUCCCUUCCCUGGCAAAGUCUGUAUCAGGGGCAACUCUGAAUCCUUCUGAAGACAACUCACUGCUAACUUUCCAAUCAGUGAAAGUUAGCGGGCAAAUCAGCCAGAACAAAACAAGAAUGCUACAGGCAGGAACACCACUUGGACUUAUGUGCUACCUUUAUGCUAGGUAUGCAGUUCUGGAUGGUUACAUGCACCAGUUCCUUUACACAUUUCGUUAUUUCUGUACACCAAAGGAGUUUCUUCAGUUUUUGAUUGAUACAUUGAACAGUGCAGUCAGCUCAAAUCAAGGGUACUCAUCUGAUUGCUCAAAGGUAUACAACCGCACAUUAGAUCUAGUGCAAGCAUGGGUUGAAGAAUGCUACCAAGUGGACUUUGUGCCUGAUUCCAAUCUCUUAAACACGCUGGAAGAUUUCAUUUCAGCCAAGGUCCUUCCAUUGGACAAUCGAGGUGAUCAUUUACUAGCAUUGCUACACAAUGCCCCUAAGAAAAAGAGGUCCCACAGUGAACCAAGUGAAAAUGACACAAAGUCAGUUCAUUCCUUGUGCCGAAAAAUAUCAACUGAGGACACUUCUAGAAAGAGUUUUCACUUGAGAGUAUCUAAAGGGGGAGAAGCAAUUAGUCCAGUGCAGAAAGAACAGUAUUCUAUUGCAGCAGCCUUGCCCAGACCCUGUUACUCUUCCCUCAUUGACGAGCUCUCAAGUUCAUGUCUGAGAACAGAAGAAAAGUAUCCAUUAUUUCAAAGUGAAUAUAGCACACAACAAAUUGUGCACCAGCUUACUUUGCUUCAGCAGGACAUGUUUCAAGAAUGCCACCCGGUUCAUUUUCUUAAUUCAAGAGCACUUGGUGUCAAAGACAGAACACUACAUAUUACAAAAACUUUUGGUCAGGACACUUUGCCAGUAGAGGGCAGCAGUCUCUUUGCUUCAGAACCUUUACAAGACAGAAACCUGCUGCAGCUUCUGACAUACGCAGACAAUGUCAGUAACUGGGUCUCUGCAGAAAUUGUCAUCUGUGAUACGCCAAAGGCACAGGCUGGAUUACUGUCAACAUUUCUCCAUACUGCAAAGCUUUGUUUUGAAUUAAGAAAUUUUGCCACAGCAAUGCAUAUCCUUUGUGGACUUGAAAACGUAAUAGUCAGACAGUUACCUGCAUGGAAAAACCUUUCUUCAAAAGUUUCUGAAAUCAUGGAGGAGCUGAAAGCUGUUCAGGUGUUCUUAAAAAGUGAUAAUCUCUGUUUAAUGGAAGGAGACCGAUUUAAAAAGCUACCAACCAUCCCUUCAGCUCACCUUCUGGCCAUGCAUGUUCAGCAGCUUGAAAUUGGUGCAUUGACAAUGGCAAAUGGUGCCUAUAAAUGGCCUAAACUCAGGAAUAUAGCAAAGGUAGUGAGCCAGGUUCAUGCCUUUCAAGAAAAUGUGUAUACAUUUGUUCCCGACUUGGAUCUGCAAGCUUACCUGAGACAUCGCAUUGCUCAUUUCAGCCAGGCUGACAUUCCUCUUCUUGCUGCAGAGAACAACACUAAUUUUUAUCAGAUACCAACUGAGAAGCACUCUCGAAAGAUUCGUGACACAUUACGGAGAAUGAAGGCAACAUUUCAGUAACUUCCACUGUUCAAAGAUGUUUUUGAGGUCAUUUGCAUGUAAAGCUUAUCAUUGACUUGCAGACAGGGAGACAAUCCACCUUUUAAACCUACUAUAUUUCUUGCUAUGUCUAAUUUACAUUUAAAUUGAAGUACCAGCCCCUAUUCUAUAUUUAUGCCUGCUAAAAUGACAUAUACUUGUCUAUGGUUUUAAGUGGCUUCUGUCGCCCCAUUACCUCCAUGUGGUCAUUGAUUUUUCUGUGGCGGUGGAGGCUCUACCGGUUCCACAGGCUUGUCCACUAGCCAGUCAGUUCAGCAAUGUGGGUAUAUAGACUAAGGGCUCCUAAACAAAGAGAAACAGUGACAAAAUUCAUUUUCUUUCUGUUAUCGCCCAAUGUUAUUUUUAUGUUUUAGAUGUGGUUAAUGUUUAAAUCUGUGCUUGCUCGAUUAGAAUAUCUUCUUCUUAUUUUUCUUCUGUUUUUUUUUUUGUACUAUGUUAACUUAUUUGUGGCUUGCAUACAGAAUAAUGUAAUGUACAGUUAAUCAGUUAAUACAGUUUUAGAAAAUCACAAGCCUUCACUGUAGUCAUGUUCUCCACUAUAUGAAACAAAUAUAUAAAAUAUACUUCUAUUUCAGCAUGUGCUAAAGUAGAUUGUGAGUCCACUCCCAAUGUCACACUUUCACUUUUUCUAACAGUACAUUAAAAUAAAAAACAUUACAAUUAAUGUAACGUAAAGUUGCUCUCUCUCUCUCUCUCUCUCUCUCUCUCUCUCUCUCUCUCUCUCUCUCUCUCUCUCUCUCUCUCUCUCUCUC